UCACUAUAGUAUUUAGGGUCAUAUCUUGAAUUUUCUAAGCUACACAGCUGUUAAGUUCUGUCAAAUUGCAUUUGAUUUCGCAGCAAGCGACUCUAUGAGCAACUGACACCAGAAAACAGGUCAACAUAUUUUAUUUAACACACAUUACUGUUCUGCAAAUAGUCAACCUUCUAUUUCCUAAAUGUGGAACACCUAACAGCUUAUUAACGACUUCAACUAUGAAGAUCUGCUAUGGCUGCUGUAGUUAAUACUAGAGCUCUUUUCGCUUGCCGGAGAUUGGUGUCCAGUUCUCGAUUCUCUGGAUUUUUUUCCGCAUCAAGUAAACCGUGUGGACUUCAGGCCCUUUGUCGGAACCUAAACAUCACCUCCAAUUGCAGUGGAGAAGACAAAGUAACUGUCCACUUCAUCAACCGAGAUAACGAAAAGCUUACAGCUGUGGGAAAGAUAGGCGAUUCAUUAUUAGAUGUGGUCAUUAAUAACAAUCUAGACAUAGAUGGAUAUGGGGCCUGUGAAGGAACUUUGGCUUGUUCAACAUGUCACGUAAUCUUUGAGGAACAUAUCUUUAAGCAACUGGAUCCAAUCACUGAUGAGGAAAUGGAUAUGUUAGAUCUUGCAUAUGGACUGACAGAACAGUCUCGUUUAGGCUGCCAAGUCUGCCUAACUAAGAAAAUGAAUGGAAUGACCGUUAGAGUGCCUGAGGCAGUUGCAGAUGUACGACAAGCAGUUGAUGUGGGCAAAAGUUCAUAACCACUAUUGUGUAGUACUGCAGACCGACAUAGAUUUAUUUUUCUUUCACUUUUGUUUUGUAUUAUAAUAGUCUUUAUAGUUAUACUAAUUUGUGCAAUUUUUAUAUGAAUAUUUUAGAGUCCUGUUUUUCUGAAUAGUAUUGUGUGUAAAUAAAAAUAGCCAAAUGA